AACUCAGAGUAAACACUGUGCUCAAACACAGCCUGGUCUGUUCGUUUGACCUCUGCAAGUUUUUAUCAAACGACACACCUCAAUGUGUAAGGGGCUCUCCUCUCUGCCCACGUCAUGCCUGGAGAAGGCAAAAGUGAUGAGGGUGAAGUUGAGCCAUCUGGCUGAGACUCACCACAAGCACAAGGUUCAGGAGGGAAAGGCUCCUCAUGACCUGGAAACUCUGCUUAACAGCAAAAGCGGUCUGCAGGCAUUUCGCAGCUUCCUGUGCUCAGAGUUCAGUGAGGAGAACCUUGAGUUCUGGCUGGCCUGUGAGGACUACAGGGUCUCUCCUUCAAACCUGCAGAAGACCAAGUCCAGCAUCAUCUACAGCCAGUUUAUCACCCCUGAAGCUCCACAGGAGGUAAACUUGGACGCUGAAACCCGGGAGGCUUUGUUGAGUGUGACGAACUCUCCAUGUGCCGACACAUUCGACAGGGCACAGCAGAGAAUCUACAGUUUGAUGGCGAAGGACUCCUUCCCGCGGUUCCUGCGCUCCCCUCACUGCAUGGAGGCCAUCAAAGCUUUCUAAACAUGCUGUUCAUUAACACAGACCUGCUUUAGAAACAAGUGCUGGUGAAUCUGUACUGCUUGAAAUGGUGAUUGGCAAUUAUUUUAACAAAUAUCUUGUUUAGUGAUUGUUUUCCAUGUGCUGUCCUUGCGCACUGUUUGCAUAAUGCAUGCUGUUAUUGUCAGGACACUGAGUUGUAGACAUAGUUAAAAAGUCUCACAUAGACACCUUAAUUAUGAAACCUAAAUGUAGAGAGACUGCAUAAGCUACAAGUGACACCCACUCAAGAUUUAAAUAAAUACCUCAUAGAAGACAACUCAAUAUGUUGCAUUUAAUGGCAUCGGUAUCAAUAAGCUCUAUUUAUUUCAUGUUCUGGCAUGAGCUGCUUUAGACUGAAUGUUGACAUCAGAGCAUUGCUCCGCCUUAUCACUGGCUGGUUUGCUAUCAGUGCUGGUGUGUGGCUGGAUUAGCGGCCUUGAGUAAAUUCUCGCCCACUUCUGUAGCUGAUGGUGUUUAUUCAAGAGAACCUUGAGCAUGCUUCACCUGGCUUCACCUUGGCUUCUUAAUCCAAAGUCAGAGCAGGGCACAAUGGUGCAUCACUGUGGUAAUGUUCAGUCAUUGGUGUAACGUAACUAUGUACAUUUACUCAAGUAAAUCCAAGGUAUUUGAA